CAAGGAAGGCUGGAUACGUUUACAGAUUUUUACAUGAACACUUUCUAUUUGCUAAAGGCAAAUCGUUAAAGGAAAAUCAAAGCUAUCAUAGUAUAUAUCGAACGUUGAAACAUAAAGUGAAUAUAACUAACAUGGUUUCGUCCGGGUUAAGCAAUUUUGCCUUGCAUCAUGUGGCUUAAAUUGCAAUUUUAAAACAUUCAUUAUUCAUAAUACAAUGCUAUUUGAAGUGAAUGUAAAUAUUGGUAAAAAUUGGUUUUUUGUUGGCCAAUCCAUUGCCUGGCCUAAUAUUAACCACUUUAUAUAUACCUAAGCUACACUCAUAGCAAAAUGGCUAUUCAUUUAAAAACAAUGAGAACUUUUUUACACACCAAAAAAAUAUCAUGCACAUUGAAAAACAUACGUUUUUCUCCAUGUGAAAUAUAUAUACGUUUUUCGGUAUGAUAAAUAUUUUAUUUAUGCAACGCCCAUCCUAUGCACCGCCGGGCAUUUGGACUCAAGGUGAGAACAGCGCACCUUGCAUGCAUCGUUAUAUAAGACCGUACAGACUCAUCACAUCACGCGAGGUCGUUGGAUUGCCGACAGCUAUAAACAUAGACAACCCAGGAAAUCGCAAAUAUUCUAAAACGAGCAAGAUUACUUACUACCUUGCAAUGGCAAAAAUCGUGACAACUUGCAUCUAUCAAGCGUUGCACAAAGUACCGAAACAGUUACAUUAAAAAUGAACCGUGUAACAGAAUUUUGAACGGGAACAAAUAUAUUUAUUUUGUGCUCGAAAACAAUAGACUGUGCUUUUCAGUGAUGCAUCACGGUUCCAAUUUUUUUUGGUUAAGUUCACAACGUGAAUAAUUGCGUUCCUAUAAAAUUGACCAUCAGAAGAUAUCGCAAUUAUUGUUACCAUACGCUCUUAGGGCCUGUUUAUAUGAUCCCGCCUAGCCGGGACGGGACAGUUUCCGAGAUCCCGCUUGUAAUACAAACACUAAUUAGUGUUUACAUGACCACUUUUCCAUCCCGCCUAGGCGGGAUCCCGGCACUUCUUGCCGGGAUCCCGCUUAGACGGGACGAGAAAUUGCCAUAUAAACACUCCAUCCCGCUUGGCCGGGAUGAUUCGCGAUUAACAUACAUUAGGAGCAUGUGUAUAUAUUGGCAUAUUCGUUUUCUACAAUAAAACAUGCCGUCGAAGGAACCUGCACUACAAAAUGAACUCCAUAUAAACACGCCAUCCCGCCUAGGCGAGUUUCCCGGCUAAGCGGGAUGAAAACAUCCCGUCCCGGCUAAACGGGAUCAUAUAAACAGGCCCUUAGUUUUAGCGCAACCACAUUUUCUUCUUUGACAAGUGGAAAGUUUAAUACGGAGCUACGGGUCCCAUAUACAUCAGAACAUCCAUAACUAUCCACAUUCCACCUUAAAUCCUAAUCUGCCUUGGGGGUGUGUAAGAUGUGUGACCAUAGAUGUGACCCAGUCUCCAGUUUACUAAUUCCCAGUCUCCAAGAUUCAGCAAAUAAACACAGAAAUAAACAUGGCCAUGGUGUCCACAAUUGUUCGAUUGGGAAGAUUGUAUGGCUCUGUGCCUUAUGUUGGUGUACGAUCGCGGCCAAUUAGUUGGAAGCUCUCACAUGCCCUUUCAACAACCUCAGUGGCAAAUGCUGAAUUUUUUUCAAGUACAUAUGAAGCUGUCAAGGAUAUUAAAGAUGAUUCAAAGGUUUUAGUUGGAGGAUUUGGCUUGUGCGGCAUUCCAGAAAAUCUUAUUCAAGGUUUGCUACAAACAAAAGUCAAAGGGCUUACCGUCGUCAGCAACAAUGCUGGGGUUGAUGACUUUGGCCUUGGCCUUUUAUUAGGGUCUAAACAGAUUAAAAGAAUGAUAUCCUCUUAUGUUGGUGAAAACAAGGAGUUCGAAAGACAAUUCUUGACUGGAGAAUUAGAAGUUGAAUUAACCCCCCAGGGUACGCUAGCUGAAAGACUAAGAGCAGGUGGGGCAGGUAUUCCCGCGUUCUUCACACCUACCGCGUUUGGAACUGUGAUACACAAAGGUGGAGCACCAAUCAAGUACAACAAAGAUGGAAGUGUUGAAAUCGUCAGUACGCCAAGAGAGUCUAGGGAUUUCGAUGGUACACCAUACAUAAUGGAGGAGGCAAUUCGAGGUGACUUUGGUUUAAUAAAGGCGUGGAAAGCUGACAAGAAAGGAAACCUAAUAUUUAGGAAGACAGCAGCCAACUUUAAUCCACCAAUGGCAAAAGCGGCGAAGAUAACCAUUGUUGAGGUUGAAGAAAUUGUGGAAAUAGACGAGAUUCCAGCAGACCAAAUUCACGUGCCUGGAAUUUAUGUUGAUAGAGUUGUAAAAGGAGAAAAGUACGAGAAAAGGAUCGAGCGGGUCCGAAUAUUCAAAGAAAGCGGCGAUAAUAAAGCACAAUCCGAAGCUGAUCUUCUUAGAGAAAGAAUCAUACGUCGUGCCGCGCUGGAGUUUGAAGAUGGCAUGUUCGUUAACCUUGGUAUUGGUAUGCCCAUGUUGGCAAGCAAUUUUAUAAAACCCGAAAUCACCGUACAUUUGCAAAGCGAGAAUGGCAUUCUAGGACUGGGACCCUUUCCCAACGAAGAUGAAAUUGAUCCUGAUCUUAUAAACGCUGGGAAGGAGACUGUAACCGCUUUACCUGGGGCAGCGUUUUUCGGCAGUGACGAGUCUUUUGCUAUGAUUCGUGGAGGACACGUUGAUGUGACAGUCCUGGGUGGUAUGCAAGUUUCGCAAUAUGGUGAUCUUGCAAACUGGAUGAUCCCGGGGAAAAUGGUGAAAGGAAUGGGAGGAGCAAUGGACCUUGUCUCGUCUCCGGGAACUAAAGUUGUAGUUACCAUGGAACAUACAGCUAAGGGCGGAAAGCACAAAAUUCUCGAGGAGUGCACCUUACCGUUAACUGGUGAGCGGUGUGUAGACUCCAUAAUCACGGAAAAGUGCGUCUUCAAAGUUGAUCGUGAACACGGUUUGACUCUGGUGGAACUUUGGCCUGGAACGAGUAUUCAUGAAAUCCAAGUGAAUACAGGAUGUCAAUUUUCUGUCGCUGACAAUCUUGACGAAAUGAAACAAGCUGAAUGGCACAAAUAAAAAGUCACUGGUACGCGUCGUUGCCACCAUUGAUAUAUCUGAAAUUGGGCUGUCCUGUAUAGCUCCUACUACGUCGUAGCCUGGCUGCUGCUGCAGGGUAAUCUUUUGGUGGCAAUAGCCUACAAUGAUUUACGGGAAAUAACAAUGAAAGGGGGGUUGUCAAAUUGAUCAUUUUUAACCAGCUUUGAAAGUAAUAGACAUAGGUAGCACACUUCAAACGAAGAGUAACCCGAACAAACUUAAUUAGGUAAUGUACCUGACCAUACCUUUAACACCCGCGCGUAUUGCUUUAAAUAUUGAGUCUAACCGUCACUCUAACGAUUUAAUUGUUACAUAGGACCUGUUGCACAAACCUGUCCACUUUUUUUCAUUCUUAUAUCCAAAUUUGUUCUAUUGAACUGAAGAAAAGUGUUGGAAACAUAUCAGUUGCCUCUGCUGCGUGCUGGGUUGAUUUUAAAACGGAUCGAUACAUUAUAUUUGAGUAAACGAAACUUGCCCCUUCUCUUGCAGUUCGGUACGUCCCUUGCUCUCGGGGCGGGUAACUGGACAGGUUUGUACAACGGGUCUCAGUUCAUUGUUUUUGAAGAAUGCUUGUCUGCUAAAGUAGCUUUGAUAGUUCCGAUUUGGUAUAAAAGAAAUAUAACUUUUAACUCCAUCGGGAAAAAACAAUGUAUAAAAUGCAUAUUUAUUUGUAAAAUGCAUAUACUGAAAAUAUAUGA